CAGUUGGCAAGAUGUUUAAAAAUGUACAAAUAAACACAAGGGAAACGCUUAGUAACUUCUACGUAAAAAUCACUGUAACUCAACUUCUGAAAAGAAUAAUCUUUCAACGAGUUCACUUUAACCGUGGAGAUGAAAAAUUAAUGAAUCUAGAAAAAUAAUUAUCUGAAGGCACUUGUCUAUCGUUCAUGCUCGCGUUGCGGCGUACGGUUUUACAUUUUGCGCAGUCAACUCAUAAAACUUCAGGUUUCCAGUUGAACGCAAAGUACUCUGCAAAUAUGGCAAAAAAAACGGCAAUCUUGUUGAUCGCUAAUGGUUCGGAAGAAAUGGAAGCUGUAAUCACGACAGAUGUAUUGCGUCGAGCCGGAAUCGAUGUGACUGUGGCCGGUCUGUCUGCAGAGAAGUGCGUAAAAUGCAGCCGCGACGUUAAAAUUUGCGUUGACGCGAAUCUUCAAGAUGCGGUUCAACAGAAAUACGAUGUUGUGAUAUUACCUGGUGGUCUAGGGGGAUCGGAAGCUUUCGCAUCGUCCGAAGAAGUGGGAAAGCUGCUGAAAGAACAAGAAAAAGAAGAAAGAGUUAUCGCAGCUAUUUGUGCAGCACCAGUGGCACUGAAAGCACACGGUAUCGCUAAAGGAAAACAGCUUACUUCUUACCCAUCUAUGAAAGAUAAAUUGACGGACGAGUACAAGUAUUUGGAAGAUAAAGUUGUAACCGAUGGCAAUCUCAUAACUAGCAGAGGUCCAGCAACUGCUUUUGCUUUUGGUCUGGCAAUUGUGGAAAAACUGCUUAACAAAGAAACUGCGGACAAGGUGGCAAAAGGAAUGUUAUAUACAGAGUAAAAACAACAAAAUUUAUGCAUAAAUAUCUUGCAUAAGACAUGUACCGUUAAGUCUAGCAUGUAAUUGUAUUUGUGUUAUGAUUAUUACGAUUAUAAAUUUAAUAAAUUAAUACCUUGCAUUAUA